GUUGCAUUGUGGUCUUUGUUCCUCGUGGGUGUAGCCUCGGCCGCGGGGGGGCGUGUACGUGUCGACGUCACCCGUUAGUCCUGACUGUCAACGCCAAAAUAAAAACGAGUAAAAAAAAAACUUUUCUGUCGAAUUCAUAACGCCAAACACAUGGCAGAGGGCGAGCGCGGCGGCGAGGAAAGAGCGUUUUCUCCGGGCUGGAAUGGUCGUCGGGACACGGCAUUGUUCGCAUAGCAGAGCGGGGGGCUCUCCUCUCCUCUCCGGGCUUUCUCUCUUUCUUUCCCGGGGUCGCACAGCUCAGGCCAGCGGGGCUGUAUCACUUUAGCCGACUUGCUAGCUAACGUCAAGUUGUAAGAAAGUGGUGAGGACGGCGGCUGAACGGGAGCCUAUCCGCCUACACAGACCUAUGCGACGGGGAACAGGUGAGUGAUGGAGACGAGAGAGUUGACCGUGUUAGCUGGCAGCUUUGUGGGUUUCCAGCUCCUCUUCUCGGUGGCCAGCCCGCGGCUCUCCUCCGCCAUCACACCAGGUUAUGGACGGCUGCCUUCCACCAAGCUCACAGAGUGGAACUCCAGGUUGGUGUCAACUGUCCACGCCCUGAUUGUAGGGUUGUUCUGUCUGUACAUCCUGUGGUUCGACGAUGCGGUCAACGCCAACCCUGUCUGGGGUGACCCCGGCCUCGUCAAACUGAAUGUAGCCAUAACCUGUGGUUACCUUCUCUACGACCUCGUGCUGCUCGCAUGUAACUGGAGCACUAUGGGUGACAGCUUUUUCGUUUGUCACCACUUGGCGGCGCUCUAUGCAUACGGAUAUGUGCUGACACGCGGCGUGCUUCCCUACUUUGCCAACUUUCGUCUCAUCUCGGAGUUGUCCACGCCGUUUGUGAACCAAAGGUGGUUCUUUGAGGCAUUAAAAUACGACCGCUCACACCGGCUGGUGGUGUUGAACGGCGUCGCCAUGGCGGUGGUGUUCUUCCUGGUGCGCAUCGCUGUCAUGCCAUCUUACUGGGCCAGUGUAUUCGCCACCUUUGGAACUCCAGACUUUGAGCGGCUGGGCUUGGGCGCCCAGGUGGCCUGGAUCACCUCCUGCAUCGCCCUGGAUAUCUUAAACACUGUCUGGAUGUAUAAGAUCACCCGCGGCUGCUACAAGGUCAUAACCGGGAGAGGAGGACGAAAGGUCAAGGAAGGAAAUGAGGCACCGUCUUCCCCAGACAAGAAGCACGUCAACAACCACACAGACUAAAGAGAUGUAGAGGAAAGGACAUGUAGACACAGACAUGCGCAGGGAGGGAGGCUGGACAUGCAAGAACCUCACAGCCUCAGCAUCCCUCCCACCCCCACCCUCAAAUCCCCCCAGUCUCAGCCCUCAAUCUCCUUGCCGGCUGGUGGACCGGGGCUAAAAGUCCUCAGGUUCUGACCCCGGCACGGGACAAGGACACCGCUCUUUGACUCACUCAAGCACCAGCCUUUUUGCAGCCUCAGUGUUUUCACUGAUGGGUAAGUAUCCUGCUGGGUGAUCGCUUUCGGUUGCAGACGACAAGGUAGAGCUCACAAGCACACUUUUAACUCUGUCUGUCCGUCGCCUCUUUCGGCCCCUACCGCCAUCCCUCUCUCAUCUCCCCUCAGUCUACUCUCAUGCUCAACUUCAGCCAAAGCCCAAUCCUCUGAAGUGCCUGUGAAAGACAGGAAAGCAAUAAUUGUGGAGGACUAAGAUCUUAAAAGUCUAACAGAGCUUAGACCCUUCAGAAGACCACCAUCUCUCGCUCGCUAUUGCUCCUGAGCGGCCCGGGGGCUCCCCCGGUCAUCCAUACUCCGUCCACACUCGAGGAGACGUGGCCCAGAGAGUGACGCUCUCCCAUCAGACACACACAGUGUUUGUGAAUCUAUAGGGCUCUUGUCUUAAACUUAUCAGACCUCACAAAAGAGACAGACAAAACACCAUAAUGCCUCUUCUACAGUAUCACCUGCUGUGGCCUCCUUGUAACAAUUGGAGCCUGCCUAGAUCACCAGCCAUGCCCCUCCAGUCUCCUCACAAUUUGGAUUCUAUAUUAAAAAACAAACUGAGAAUAUGCAUGCAGGAGAGAGAGAGAGACUCUCCAACAUCCCCAACAGGAUGAUUUAGCCUUUUCAGUAUUCAUUGUUUGCUUCACCGUACUUUUUUUUUACUUUUUGUCUGAUUUGAGUCACAGCAUCAUGUCUAAUUCAGAUGACAUCCAUCGCAACCCUCUGCCUCACUGGAUCCUCCACCAUCCAGCUUAAAUGUUUUUGGUUAAUGGUUUUGUUCUACCUCUCCCCUGCCUUACAAAGACUCCCCCCGUCAUGAGAUAAUCAACAUUUGUGUUUGAUUUCUGCUGUAAAGAUUUUAAAACGUUAUCUGUGGCGAUAUCACUGAAUCAGAGGGACUUCAUCUCACCACACUGCGUCCGUCAGUGUGUCUUUCUAGUGAACCCCCUCCAGAGGCUUUUUAGACUUCCAUUUAUGUCCUAACUGAGGAAAUGACCAGAACAAGUUUCCGCUCUCACACUCGGUGUGUGUGUGUGUGUGUGUGUGUGUGUGUGAACCUUUUCUGCUCUGUUCUUCAGCAGAACACAGCGUACAAGCUCUCCACUGUAUCUGGCGUCACGGAGCUCUUUUCUUUUGCAACCAUACGAAUGUGAGCAAUAUGACAGUCUCCAAGGUUUCUGAUUUAAUGUGCGACAGCAAACAGGCCGUCACUGUCGAAAGCAGUGUGGCAAUCUGCAUGUUUUUAGUUUUCUGUAUAAAGUUGUCAUCUCUAUAGAGCAUGGUACGAUCGACAUAUUUCUGUGAUGCCUUAGUGAAUAGUCGAGAUAGAUGAGUAACAUCUAAAUAUUAAAUGCAUUAAUCUGAUGCUUAAAAGGGGUUUGUCUUCCAAAACAGGUAGAUACUGAAUGCAUGUGUGUUUGAUUCCUUUCUCCUCCCUGCAUGUCUGUAUAGUAUAAACACACACAGUAGCUACGUACUGCUAGCUUCUGCACGCUGUAUGGAGAACUCACUAGCCAUCGCCACAUCUUCUGUAUGCCAGUUUUACAAGUUCACCCAUCCUGCUGCCGGCAGACGAUAACCACAUAGCUGAUGUCCUGACAGACAGAGAUAGAGGAGGAAGUUUCAGAUGUGACUUUUGUCAUACAGCCGUAAAUUUGCAAAGGACAAUGUCACACGUUUACUGCACCGACAUAACACUCCUGUAACAUUGUUUCUUUUCUUUCUUUCUUUUUUAACGGAUGCAGCAGAACCAGAUUUUUGCUACAUUUCCACCCAAAUGUAGCGCAAGAGAAUGUGGGUGCACGUUUCCAUUGACUACAGUUACACUAAUGUUAGCAGUUACAUCAAGCAACAGGUUUUUUUAGCAUUUUCAGCCAAAUGUCUCCUAGAACAGGUGGCUGGAUGGAAAUGCCCUUAUUGCUUUUUUUUUUUUUUUUUCUUACCCACAUGUUCUUCCUUCUUCUCAGAAUCUGGUGCCUACAUUACCCAUAAUGCAACUCGACCACCAACAGUUGUGUUGGAGAUUCAGGUGUGUUUAGCUAGUAGUGGCUAACGUAGCUUCGGGCUAGCUACAAAUGGCUGUUAGCUCCACGAGCCGAGAGUCAUUGUCAAACUUGUAGUCUUCAGCCCCUAAUUGACGCUGACUCGAGUGACAUCACUUGAGGCAAAUCAUCAGACUUCAUGCAGUGCCCUCUGGAGGCACAGAGGGCUUUAUACACUUUUUUUUUUUUUUUUUCCCCAAGACGUGCAGACAGACUUUGAAAAAGUGUCUUUGUAUCUCCAGUUUGACGGUUGGUUCUAAUAGUCUGAGAAUGUGUGGCGGUGUUUUCACUGUGGAACUAUAAAGCACACUCCCUGUGGAGCAAUAACUCAGCGAUCUCCUGUAUUUGUGUCUGUCACCACAGAGGAGGGGCUACAGUAUCUUGUGCCUUUACACAAACAGUAGAUGUGAUGCAGCCAGAUCUGGAUUAGCAUGACCUUUCUAAUCUAACACCCAGUGAUUAUCUCCUCUGUAUUCCAUAUGUAUACUCUGUAUAUAUUUUUAUAAUCUGCCUGCACAAUGAUUAAUCCGGCCAAGUAUUAUAAUCCAAAGCUGAUCCCUCUCUCUCGGGGAGCCUGUUUUGUGUUGAUUUUUGUGCUCUCCUGAAAAACAGGGGUAUGUCUCUAUGAAUGUUGCGAAGGCUUCUUUAGUGGCAUUAAGAUGAGCUCAGUGUCCGAGGUGACGAGGAUGGAAAUCAAACUCUAUUUUUUGACAUAAGCUCUUUUAAGAUAUACAGGCAGUCGACGGAAAAGCCUAAAAUCUCAUUUCUGCGGCCUCCUGAACUCAAAGCUGUGAAUAGUUGUGGAAUGAAACUGUAAUGGCGUUCAGUCACGACACUGUGACGAGUAGACUACAGCGUGGGAGACUCCCUGAGAGCAGCAGCGAUGCUGACACUCUCGCUGCAGCAGCAGUUUGGAGUUUAGAGUGAGACCGACGUGACGCAGGUCUCGUGCACAAAGUAAAACUACACAUGGAAGAAGAAGUAGAGUAUGUUGGGAGGUUGUCUGGACAGGACAGACAGAUUUUUGUAUUUGUCAGGGUUUUCUACAGAAUCUAUUUGAAGAGCAGAUGUUUGUGCUGUCUCACACACCCUGGGGCUGUCUGAAAAUCCAGAAUGAAUUAAUGAUUGAUGAAUCUGAUGAGGCUGCUAUUGUAAGGUCAUGAUCUGUAUUGUAUCAGGUUAGAACAACCACAUUGCCUUUGUUUCUUUGGGGAGGCCAACGUUCAUUAUAUAAUAUAAUGAAUAUACUUAAAUACAUAGAAUAAAGGUAUAUACACAUCUGUAUAUAUCUGUCCAAGUAUUGAAAGCAGACGUACACUGUACUAAUGAGACCUCUGCUCUGAUCAUAUUUAGUGCUUGAUUUUGGAUGACGUGCCGUCAUCUUAGGUACACUCUACCACGGCUGUGUCAGAUUCUGGUACUUCAGCGUAUUCUGUCGGUCCUCUCGAGGUUCCGUGUGGUACUCGGGCAUCUGGUGUUUUUGCCCCAUUUCUGUUCUGAAAUACUUGAUUUAAAGUGAAAUCUUUGGUGUUCAAUGAAAUGGAAUGGAUUGAAUGUCGGGGUCACAGUGAUGACAACAUUAGUGGAAUGUUUAAGAAUGACUGGAAAACAAACUGAUAAUCAAAAGAUGUGCUUUUUUCUUUGUGUUUCUUCGAAUGACUCGCCAGUGUGGCUUCUGUUUCUUCCCUUUGUCGAUUUUUAUUUUGUCUUUUAAUGCAAUGCAAUUUUCUUGUUUAUGAUCUGUCUCUGUGUUCUGGAAAUUUUAAUGUGAAACGGCUCACACUACACACAGGCCUUAGGGUCCUCGUCUGUGCAUUACCUUGUGACUCGGAUUGUUGUCGUCUACAAUGACCACUACUAAUGAUCAUGUAACUGUAGUGCUGAAAGCUGAGACUUACUUGAAAGUGUUGCUCUUCAAUAAAGUUGAAGACAAGAGAAA